CUCAUUUUGAGGAAACAAUCCCGGCCCACGAUGGGUAACUUUUGUCUUAGAAAAGCGUCAACAUGUUCAGUUCUUUUAACUCUUAUGGGCGCGUUAUGGAAUCUGCCAUUCAGCAUCAGAGGCGAAACAUGCGAUUCCAAUAUAAAAAUCAGACCCGUUGUGGACAUCUCUUCAAGUCCAGAAAACAGCACAUUACCCAUUGGUGGCUCCAUUACCCUGAAUUGUACAGCGCAGCCCAGAGCGAUAGAUAUUGGAUAUAAGGAUAGAUGGGUCAAGUAUAUCGAGUGGUACGAUCUACAGGGUAAUGAAGUGGGAUCUAAAUGCCAGCAGCCUUCAAACAAACGUAAAUUAAGCUGCCCAUUAGUACUUAAAAAUCUGACAGUUGACAAAUUUGGCCUUUACACUUGCCAAGCGGGCAAUGGUUACUCAAGGCACUACACAAGGAAAUCAUUUGAAAUAGUGAUCCAAGUCCAUGCGCCAGAGUUAAUAGGAGUUCCUCGGAACCAAAUUACUGAUAUAGGGGCAAAUGUAACUUUCAACUGCACCGCCACAGGUCUUCUUGCACCAAGCAUCUCAUGGAUCAAAAACAGUGAUUCAUUUGCCUGA